AAAUAGUUUACACAAGAAGACGGAGAUGGCGGUGGGACAGAAAGCUAUGGCGACGUUGCCAACAUUGAUUCGAAGCAUGAGGAAGAAGGAGCAAAAUCUUAUUUUGCCAUCUCUCAGACGAGCUUUCUCUCUAUACGAUCAGAUCAAUCUCAUCGAUAACGUUCCUGAGGAUCAGCUCCGAUUUCAUGAGUUUGAUGAGACGAGUUUCACGGUGAAUGGGGUUAGAUAUGAAGGUAGCUUGCUCUGUGUUGGGAAUUUGCUUAUGUCAUGGAGCCCUCGUAACUUCUCUGAGAUCACAACCGAUAGCUUGUCAAUUUUUCAGACUGUUCGACCAACUCCAGAGCUCUUGAUUGUUGGGUGUGGAAGAUACAACCACCUUCUGAAUCCCCAAGUCCGUCAGUUUGUAAAGUCAAUUGGCAUGAAGCUUGAAACAGUUGAUUCUAGAAAUGCUGCAUCAACUUACAACGUUCUGAAUGAGGAAGGUAGGAUUGUGGCUGCUGCUUUGCUUCCUUAUGGAGUUACAUCAAUCAACUGAAGCAGUGGCUUCAUCAAGCACCAGAAUGUUGCUUUUCUUCAACAACACCCUUCCAAGACAGACCAACUGUCUUUGCC